GGGAGGCAGGCGGCGCGCACGGAGGCGCACGCCGGCCGCGGUGCUGCGGCUCAGCUGAUAAUUGAAGGGACCCGAGGAGCCGCCGCCGCCGCCGCUGCCGCUGGGGGGGUGGGGGGAGCGAGGGGAAGUUACUGCCGUGCCACCGAGUCCGGACCGGAGACUUUGGGGCCCAACUAGUGAAUGGUAGUGUCUAGAAAGGGUAUGUCCCUUCAAGAGAGAGGUGCCAAUGUCCAACCGGCCUAAUAACAAUCCAGGGGGGUCACUGCGACGUUCACAGAGGAACACUGCCGGGGCCCAACCACAAGACGACUCGAUAGGAGGAAGGUCACAUUUAGGGCAGGCAAAACAUAAGGGAUAUAGCCCUCCUGAGAGUAGAAAAUCUAAUUCUAAGGCACCCAAAGUGCAGUCUAAUACUACUUCUGAACUGUCAAGGGGACACCUUUCUAAAAGAAGCUGCACUUCUUCAUCUGCUGUCCUAGUUCCACAACCAGAGGAUCCAGACAGAGCCAACACUUCAGAAAGGCAAAAAACGGGGCAGGUGCCUAGGAAGGACAAUUCUCGAGGAGUGAAGCGCAGUGCUAGUCCAGAAUACAACAGGACCAAUUCUCCUAGCUCUGCAAAAAAACCAAAAGCACUUCAGCAUACUGAAUCUCCCUCAGAAACGAGUAAGCCACACAGUAAGUCAAAGAAGAGACAUUUAGACCAGGAGCAACACCUGAAAUCUGCACAAUCACCAUCAACAAGCAAGGCUCAUACCAGAAAGAGUGGGGCCACUAGUAGUUCCCGGAGUCAGAAAAGAAAGAGGACAGAGAGUUCUUGUAUAAAGAGUGGUUCUGUGCCUGAAUCAACUGGUGCUGAAGAGAGAUCUGCAAAACCUACCAAGCUGGCUUCAAAAUCAGCCGCCUCAGCCAAAGCUGGGUGUAGCACCAUCACUGAUUCUUCUUCUGCCUCUACUUCCUCCUCGUCUUCUGCUGUAGCUUCAGCCUCCACGGUGCCACCAGGUGCCAGGGUGAAACAAGGAAAAGACCAGAACAAGUCCAGGCGUUCCCGUUCAGCAUCCAGUCCCAGUCCCAGAAGAAGUAGCAGGGAAAAGGAACAGAGUAAAACUGGUGGCUCUUCAAAAUUUGAUUGGGCUGCUCGUUUCAGCCCUAAAGUUAGCCUUCCUAAAACAAAACUGUCUCUUCCAGGGUCUUCUAAGUCAGAGACAUCAAAACCUGGACCUUCUGGAUUACAGGCCAAAUUAGCAAGUUUAAGAAAAUCUACUAAGAAGCGCAGUGAAUCCCCACCUGCUGAGCUCCCCAGUUUGAGGCGGAGCACACGCCAGAAGACCACGGGCUCCUGUGCUAGUGCCAGUCGGCGAGGCUCUGGCCUGGGCAAAAGAGGAGCUGCUGAAGCUCGUCGGCAGGAGAAAAUGGCAGACCCUGAAAGCAACCAGGAGACGGUGAAUUCUUCAGCUGCGCGGACCGACGAAACUCCCCAAGGAGCUGCAGCCUCUAGUUCUGUUGCAGGGGCUGUGGGCAUGACCACCUCUGGGGAGAGUGAAUCAGAUGAUUCCGAGAUGGGACGAUUACAAGCUUUGUUAGAGGCCAGGGGUCUUCCUCCUCACCUAUUUGGCCCUCUUGGUCCUCGGAUGUCACAACUUUUCCAUAGAACAAUUGGAAGCGGAGCUAGCUCUAAGGCCCAGCAGCUUCUGCAAGGACUGCAAGCAAGUGAUGAAAGUCAGCAACUCCAGGCAGUUAUUGAAAUGUGUCAGUUAUUGGUCAUGGGAAAUGAGGAGACGUUAGGAGGGUUUCCUGUCAAGAGUGUCGUUCCAGCUUUGAUAACAUUACUGCAGAUGGAGCAUAAUUUUGAUAUUAUGAACCAUGCUUGUCGAGCCUUAACAUACAUGAUGGAAGCACUUCCUCGAUCAUCUGCUGUUGUAGUAGACGCAAUUCCUGUUUUUUUAGAAAAGCUGCAAGUUAUUCAGUGUAUUGAUGUGGCAGAGCAGGCCUUGACGGCCUUGGAGAUGUUAUCACGUAGACACAGUAAAGCCAUUCUACAGGCGGGUGGUUUGGCAGACUGCUUGCUGUAUCUAGAGUUCUUCAGCAUAAAUGCCCAAAGAAAUGCACUAGCGAUUGCAGCCAAUUGCUGUCAGAGUAUCACGCCAGAUGAAUUUCACUUUGUGGCAGAUUCCCUCCCAUUGCUUACCCAAAGGCUAACCCAUCAGGAUAAAAAAUCAGUAGAAAGCACUUGCCUUUGUUUUGCACGUCUAGUGGACAAUUUCCAACAUGAAGAGAAUUUACUCCAACAGGUUGCCUCCAAAGAUCUGCUUACAAAUGUUCAACAGCUGUUGGUAGUGACGCCACCAAUACUGAGUUCUGGAAUGUUUAUAAUGGUGGUUCGCAUGUUUUCUCUGAUGUGUUCCAAUUGUCCAACUUUAGCUGUUCAACUUAUGAAGCAAAACAUUGCAGAAACGCUUCACUUCCUCCUGUGUGGUGCCUCCAAUGGAAGUUGUCAGGAACAGAUUGACCUUGUUCCACGAAGUCCUCAAGAACUGUAUGAAUUGACGUCUCUGAUUUGCGAGCUUAUGCCGUGUUUACCAAAAGAGGGCAUUUUUGCAGUUGAUACCAUGCUGAAGAAGGGAAAUGCACAGAACACAGAUGGUGCGAUAUGGCAGUGGCGUGAUGACCGUGGCCUUUGGCAUCCCUAUAACAGGAUUGACAGCCGGAUCAUUGAGGUAGCAGCCCAUCAGGUCGGUGAGGAUGAGAUAAGCUUGUCCACUCUGGGACGAGUUUAUACUAUUGAUUUUAAUUCUAUGCAGCAAAUCAAUGAGGACACGGGAACAGCACGUGCCAUUCAGAGAAAACCUAACCCCUUAGCCAAUACUAACACUAGUGGAUAUUCAGAGUUAAAGAAGGAUGAUGCUCGAGCACAGCUUAUGAAAGAGGAUCCGGAACUGGCUAAGUCUUUCAUUAAGACAUUGUUUGGCGUUCUUUAUGAAGUGUAUAGCUCCUCAGCAGGGCCUGCGGUCAGACAUAAGUGCCUUAGAGCAAUCCUUAGGAUUAUUUAUUUUGCCGAUGCUGAACUUCUGAAGGACGUCCUGAAAAACCAUGCUGUUUCAAGUCACAUUGCUUCCAUGCUAUCAAGCCAAGACUUGAAGAUAGUAGUUGGAGCACUUCAGAUGGCAGAAAUCUUAAUGCAGAAGUUACCUGAUAUUUUUAGUGUUUACUUCAGAAGAGAAGGUGUAAUGCAUCAAGUAAAACACUUAGCAGAGUCUGAGUCUUUGUUGACAAGUCCACCAAAGGCAUGUACGAAUGGGUCAGGAUCCUUGGGGUCCACAACGUCUGUCAAUAGUGGAACAGCCACAGCUGCCACUAAUGCCUCGGCUGACUUGGGAUCCCCCAGCUUGCAGCACAGCAGAGAUGAUUCCUUAGAUCUGAGCCCUCAAGGUCGAUUAAGUGAUGUUCUAAAGAGAAAACGACUGCCAAAACGAGGGCCAAGAAGGCCAAAGUAUUCACCUCCAAGAGAUGAUGACAAAGUAGACAAUCAAGCUAAAAGCCCCACCACUACUCAGUCACCUAAAUCUUCUUUCCUGGCAAGCUUGAAUCCCAAAACGUGGGGAAGGCUGAGUGCUCAGUCCAAUAGCAACAACAUUGAACCGGCACGAACCGCGGGAGUCAGUGGUCUUGCCAGGGCUGCCUCCAAGGACACCAUCUCCAAUAACAGAGAAAAAAUUAAAGGUUGGAUUAAGGAGCAGGCGCAUAAAUUUGUAGAGCGUUAUUUCAGUUCUGAGAACAUGGAUGGAAGCAACCCUGCACUAAAUGUCCUUCAGAGACUUUGUGCUGCAACUGAACAACUCAACCUCCAGGUGGAUGGUGGAGCUGAGUGCCUUGUAGAAAUCCGUAGCAUAGUCUCAGAGUCAGAUGUUUCAUCAUUUGAAAUCCAGCAUAGUGGAUUUGUGAAGCAGCUGUUGCUUUAUUUGACAUCUAAAAGUGAAAAGGAUGCUGUGAGCAGAGAGAUCAGAUUAAAGAGAUUCCUUCAUGUAUUUUUUUCUUCUCCACUUCCUGGAGAAGAGCCCAUUGGAAGAGUGGAACCAGUGGGUAAUGCACCUUUGUUGGCGUUAGUUCACAAGAUGAACAACUGCCUCAGCCAGAUGGAACAAUUUCCAGUCAAAGUGCAUGACUUCCCCAGUGGAAAUGGGACGGGAGGCAGCUUUUCUCUCAACAGAGGAUCACAGGCUUUAAAAUUUUUCAACACACAUCAGUUGAAAUGCCAGUUACAAAGACAUCCAGACUGUGCAAAUGUGAAGCAGUGGAAGGGAGGACCUGUCAAGAUUGAUCCCUUAGCUUUGGUACAAGCUAUUGAAAGAUACCUUGUGGUUAGAGGGUAUGGAAGAGUAAGAGAAGAUGAUGAGGACAGUGAUGAUGAUGGCUCUGAUGAGGAAAUCGACGAGUCUCUGGCUGCUCAGUUCUUAAAUUCAGGAAAUGUCAGACACAGGCUGCAAUUCUACAUCGGAGAACAUUUGCUGCCAUAUAACAUGACUGUGUACCAGGCGGUGCGGCAGUUCAGUAUACAGGCUGAAGAUGAAAGGGAGUCCACAGAUGAUGAGAGCAAUCCUCUAGGAAGAGCUGGCAUUUGGACGAAGACUCACACAAUAUGGUACAAACCAGUGAGAGAGGAUGAAGAAAGUAGUAAAGAUUGUGUUGGUGGUAAAAGAGGAAGAGCCCAAACAGCUCCAACAAAAACUUCUCCUAGAAAUGCAAAAAAACAUGAUGAGUUAUGGCAUGAUGGAGUGUGUCCCUCAGUAUCAAAUCCUUUAGAGGUUUACCUCAUACCUACGCCACCUGAAAAUAUAACUUUUGAAGACCCAUCAUUAGAUGUGAUUCUUCUUUUAAGAGUUUUGCAUGCCAUCAGUCGAUACUGGUAUUACUUGUAUGACAAUGCAGUGUGCAAGGAGAUUAUUCCGACUGGUGAAUUUAUUAACAGUAAGUUGACAGCAAAAGCAAAUAGGCAGCUUCAAGAUCCGUUAGUAAUCAUGACAGGAAACAUCCCAACGUGGCUUACUGAGCUGGGAAAAACCUGCCCAUUUUUCUUCCCUUUUGAUACCCGGCAAAUGCUUUUCUAUGUAACUGCAUUUGAUCGGGACCGAGCAAUGCAAAGGUUACUUGAUACCAACCCAGAAAUCAACCAGUCUGAUUCUCAAGAUAGCAGAGUUGCACCUAGAUUGGAUAGAAAAAAACGUACUGUGAACAGAGAGGAGCUGCUCAAACAAGCGGAGUCUGUGAUGCAGGAUCUUGGCAGCUCUCGGGCCAUGUUAGAAAUCCAGUAUGAAAAUGAGGUUGGUACAGGUCUUGGGCCUACACUGGAGUUUUAUGCACUUGUAUCUCAGGAACUACAGAGAGCUGACUUGGGUCUCUGGAGAGGAGAAGAAGUAACUCUUAGCAAUCCAAAAGGAAGCCAAGAAGGGACCAAGUAUAUUCAAAACCUCCAGGGCCUGUUUGCACUUCCCUUUGGUAGAACAGCCAAGCCAGCUCAUAUCGCAAAGGUUAAGAUGAAGUUUCGCUUCUUAGGAAAAUUAAUGGCUAAGGCUAUCAUGGAUUUCCGAUUGGUGGAUCUCCCCCUUGGCUUGCCCUUUUAUAAGUGGAUGCUACGGCAAGAAACUUCACUAACAUCGCACGAUUUGUUUGACAUUGACCCAGUUGUGGCCAGAUCAGUGUAUCACUUAGAAGACAUUGUCAGACAGAAGAAGAGACUUGAACAAGAUAAAUCUCAGACCAAAGAGAGUCUACAGUAUGCAUUAGAAACCCUGACUAUGAAUGGCUGCUCAGUUGAAGAUCUAGGAUUGGAUUUCACUCUGCCAGGGUUUCCCAACAUCGAACUGAAGAAAGGAGGAAAGGAUAUCCCAGUCACGAUCCACAAUUUAGAGGAGUAUCUAAGACUGGUUAUAUUCUGGGCACUAAAUGAAGGUGUUUCCAGGCAGUUUGAUUCUUUCAGAGAUGGAUUUGAAUCUGUCUUCCCUCUCAGUCAUCUUCAGUACUUCUACCCAGAAGAACUGGAUCAGCUCCUGUGUGGCAGUAAAGCAGACACCUGGGAUGCAAAGACACUGAUGGAAUGCUGCAGGCCAGAUCACGGUUAUACUCAUGAUAGGCAAGUACCCAGAGCUGCCAGUUUCUCCGUUUGUAGUUUUUGAAUUUGGUGGUGGUGGUGUUUGUGUGUGUGUGUGUGUGUGUAAUAAACAACAAUGGGCUGGGGAGGAGUGUCAUUUUAAAAUUUGUCUACGUUGUCUUUCAAGACUACACCAAUAGGACCCAGGGUUUCUUUCCCAAGUAUUUCAAUGAAAAUGGGCAGGGAGGGAAAAAGUGGGGGAUACAGAUAGAACCCCAUUACCCUUUGUAUAUAUAUAUAUAUAUAUAUAUAGUAAAAUGGAAAUACCUGUACAAUAAGACAAGUCUUAUUUCAAUAGCAAUUACUCUAUUUGAAUUCUAACUCCAAUAAACAACAGAAGAAACAAAUUAGAUUCUCGAGUACAUUGUUAAUGUGAACUCAUGUAUCAUAUUUAACUUUGAUAGUCUCUAGCUGAUGGUGAGAGUCAGCAAUGCUGUGUAAGUUAAAGCUAUAUUUUAAUAUAAUGAAAUAAUUUUGGUGUAUGUAUUUCUCUUGUAGUCGGGCUGUGAAAUUCUUGUUUGAAAUUCUCAGUAGUUUUGAUAAUGAGCAGCAGAGGCUGUUUCUCCAGUUUGUGACAGGCAGCCCGAGAUUACCUGUUGGAGGCUUCCGGAGUUUGAAUCCACCUUUGACAAUUGUUCGGAAGACAUUCGAAUCAACAGAAAACCCAGAUGACUUCUUGCCCUCUGUAAUGACUUGUGUGAACUAUCUUAAGUUGCCGGACUAUUCAAGCAUUGAGAUAAUGCGUGACAAACUGUUGACAGCAGCGAGAGAAGGGCAGCAGUCAUUCCAUCUUUCCUGAUCAAAACGAGAGAUGCAGUGUCUGCCUGUUACAGCAAAGGAAAAAUCAUGAUUUCUUUUCUAAAUGUAUCACCUGAGUCAAGGAAACAUGUUACGCCUUCUUGUUGUAGGAAAAACGGCUUGCAGAUUAUAAAAGACACUUGGUUGAUGUUCAUUAAUGGCCCCAUGGACUUAAAGUGAUCAGGCCCUAAAACAUUGUUGUGAUGAGGUUUCUUUAGCAAGUUCUUGUUUAAGUUAUCAUUUAUUUGAUGAGUGAAGUUUUUAACUUGCUUUGCUGUGUGAAAUUUAAAAAAGGGAUGUUUUUCCAGGCUGAAACAAUAAAUGUCGCUGUGCAGUUUAA